AUGGCUUAUUACCUUCAUUUUCUGCUCUUGCUCUCUUUAUCUCUUCAUCUCAUCAUUUUUGUGUCUGCGGAAGAUGAUGACCAGUCAUCUACAGUUCAAACUCAAACUCAACCUCGACCUCGGCCUCGACCACCCACACCUACCCCUAGGCCAACUAAGUUUGUUCUGUACGUGCAGAAAGAUGGUGCUACCAGUCUCCACGUAACCCAGAUAUUCAAGAGAACCCCUUCAAUUGCACUCCCCUUUGUGGUAGACCUAAACGGGGAGUUUUUAUCAGUCAAUUGUGAGAACAGGUACGUGUCAUCGACUUUCAAUACCCCUAUAUGCCGCUCAGCUCAAUGCUCAAGAGCCAACACCCACACGUGCCGUACGUGCCCUCGCAGAACCCCCAGCUUCCCCAUGGCUGGACCUGGUUUUUGUCAAGUCAAUGCAUGCGCGGUCAUGGCUGUGAACCCGGUCACCCAACAAAGCGCCAUGGCAGAGCUUGCAGAGGAUGUGCUCUCUAUCCCAUCAGCCCUAGGCUCAAGCCCAGGUCCAAUGGCCACAGUCCCUCAGUUCCUCUUUGCAUGCGCACCUUCUGCCUUACUGCAACGAGGACUACCCCAAAACGUCCAAGGCAUUGCUGGAAUGAGCCCCUCUCGAAUAUCGCUUCCUUCCCAGCUUGCUUCCAACUUUGGCAUCCCACCUAAGUUCGCCAUCUGCCUCGCUUCUGGGUCGGGCCAAAACGGUGCCAUUUUCUUCGGCGAGGGGCCGUACGUAACGUUGCCUGGCACCGAUGUGUCCCAGAAACUCAUCUACACUCCACUAUUUAUAGGUCAGCAAGGAGAGUACUUAAUGAACGUCCAAGCCAUCCAAAUAAACAAUAAUAUCGUUCGACUCCCUCCUGGACUUCUUUCUAACCAAGCCAUGCUCAACACCGCAACUCCCUACACAAUCGUGCAUCAGCUUAUCUUCACAGCUCUCACUCAGCUCUACAUGACGCAGCUCCCGGGAGCGCCACCAGUUCUCGCGGUGGCGCCGUUCGGGCUGUGUUUCAAUGCAAAUAAUAUAACUCACACCCAGAUGGGUCCGGCGGUGCCUAGCAUUCAGCUUGUGUUGGACAACCAGCAGGUUAUGUGGACAAUCUCUGGCCAAAACGUGAUAGUUCAGGCACGUCCGGGAGUUAUGUGCUUGGCCAUUGUGAACGGUGGGCUGAACCCUAGAGCUCCAAUAGUUAUUGGGGCACACCAGAUGGAGGAUAACCUAGUACAACUGGAUUUGGUGACCUCGAGGAUUGGCUUCAGCAACUCGCUGUUGCUCCAGAGGGCCAACUGUGCCAAUUUCAACUCAUAA